AUGAAGUUCCCCGGCUUGAAAUUGCUAGCUAUCAUUACUGCCCUGGAACUGAGGGCCGAAGCGUACGGUGAAGGUUUCUCUCUGGAUGGCGCCCGGGCCAUGGUACCGCGUCAGCCGACCGGGGACGAUAUGCCUGCCGAUCUCGUCGACGACGAUCUGCUCGACGGGAUGGAGGCCGAUCCCGAAGGAAUAAUAGAGGCCGAUCCCGAAGGAAUAAUAGAGGCCGAUCCCGAAGGAAUAACAGAGGCCGAAGGAAAUUCUAACAAGUACACUGAUGACAUCAAUACCAGUAAAAUAGACAACAACGACAUCGUCAGUGUCACUAUCAUCACCGACGUUCCGGCAGAAGUUGAUGCUAGUGCCACACAGCAACACGACGCCUUAGUUGAGCAACAGGGCGAAGAGACAGCCGAGCAACAGGGCGAAGAGACGGCCGAGCAACAAGGCGAAGAGACAGCCGAGCAACAGGGCGACUCAGAAGUGGUACUUGCGCAGGCAGGGGAAUCGGAGGCACCCGCCGCGGAAAUGGAGACUGACACUGCGACUGAAGUGGAUGAGGCAGGUGCACCCGUCGACAACAUCGCAGGUCAGGGCGUGCCCGACAAUGAGGCGACCGUCUCGAGCGACGCAAAUCUGGACCCGGAGAUGGUGAGUCCAGCUGACUUCGGGGUGGAUGUGGAGGUUGUCGAAGGUCAAGCUGCGGGAGGGGCUGAGGAGGCUGUCGAAGGUCAAGCUGCGGUGGGAGGGGCUGAGGAAGCUGUCGAAGGUCAAGCUGUGGUGGGAGGGGCUGAGGAGGCUGUCGAAGGUC